GCGAGGCAUAUUUAUUUAUAAACAAAAAAGUCUGUUCUUGUUUUGCGCUAGGUUUUGCCGGUUUUGCGUAAGUUUAUUUGCGAAAAAAUGUCGUGGAGUUUGUCCUUCCGAAGGAAUCCUCUAAUUUUCAACGUGCGCCGGCGGAAUUUCGCUACCAAAGCAGUCGGCAAGCCCAGACCGAACAGCUGGAAGAGCGUAAUCGGACUGGAGGUGCACGCUCAGAUCCAAACCAGCUCGAAGCUUUUUUCCGGUGCGGAGGUGGCCUUCUCGUCCCCGAUCAAUUCGUGCGUUUCGUUGUUCGAUGCGUCCAUCCCUGGUACGCUUCCGGUGCUGAACCGGAAAUGCGUCGAACUAGGAGUUCGAACGGCACUGGCACUGGGCUGUACCGUUAAUUCGGUUUCGAUGUUCGAUCGGAAGCAUUACUUCUAUGCGGAUCUUCCGACGGGUUACCAAAUAACACAGCAGAGAGCCCCGCUGGCUCGAGGCGGUCUGCUGUCGUUUCCGGUGUUCGUGCCGGGUGUAACCAAAAAACCGUACUACAAAUCCGCCCGAUUGCACCAGCUUCAGCUGGAACAGGACAGCGGGAAAUCGCUUCACGACCCCGUUGAAAGGAAGAGCCUUGUGGAUCUGAACCGUGCGGGAGUUCCUCUGAUGGAGCUGGUUUUUGAACCGGAUCUCGAAACGGGAGAAGAAGCGGCUGCCCUGGUUAAAGAGCUGAUACUUAUUCUGACCCGACUGGGAAGUUGCUCCUGCAGGAUGGAAGAGGGUGCCCUCCGUGUGGAUGCCAACAUUUCCGUACACAAGGAACACACCCCGUUGGGAACCCGAACGGAAGUCAAGAACAUCGGUUCCGUACGGGCCGUUGCCCAGGCCAUCGAGUUCGAAAUCGAAAGGCAAAUCGGCAUUUUGGACGGAGGUGGACGAAUUUUCAACGAAACUCGCGCUUGGGAUGCAACCGGAAGGCAAACAAUAGCCAUGCGAGACAAGGAAGUAGUGCAAGACUAUCGUUUCAUGCCGGAACCAAAUCUGCCCCCGUUGCACGUGAAUGUCGGCGGUGGUGAGUGCGCGCCUGGAGUGAUAGUUGACGCCGUGCACAUCGGAUCAACUUUGCCAGAACUUCCGGAAGAAACCCGUAGACGGAUAGUGGGUGUAUAUAAUCUCACGCCGGAAAUGGCUAUCAUAUUAGUGAACGACAUCACCCUGUACAAUCACUUCCAUGCGAUUCUGGAUGGACCGGGGAAAACACGUUCCCCCAAAAUCGUUGCAAAUUUCCUCAUCAACGAACUGCUAACUAUCCUCAAUAAAAACAAAAUCGACAUCGAACAGUGCAGCAUCUCUUCGGCUCAUUUGGCCGAGGUAACGGAUAUGCUGGAAGAUAAUGUAAUCAAUCCAUACCUAGUGAAGCUAAUUCUGCAGGAAGCGCUUGAAACAAUGGAAAGCCCUGCCGCGAUAGCCCAGCGUAACGAUUGGUUUAUGAUAACCGACAGGGAACGAAUCGAGACAAUGUGCAGGGAUGCUAUCGAGAAGAACCCAAAAGUGGUCGAGAAGUAUCGCAAUGGUAAGGAGAAAAUGCUUUAUGCUCUGGCCGGUGAGAUUGCCAAAGCUUGCGGACAUAAGGUGGACAUGGCGAAAGCCGUUGAAAUACUGAAAAAUAUAUUGAAAAAGUAAUCGCAUAAU